AAAAGGUCACCCACCCGACCAGCCAUUGCUUUGUGUCAUCGCUUAAUCUGCUUCCUCGCUUCGUCUCUCUGAAUUUCAUCCCCUUUCAGCUAUAGAAGCCAAGCCAUGCCUCAUCUCUGGACCCCUCACAACCAGUGUAUAGAUGAGAAUAAGCAUAAGCCAAUGUGCACCAAAUAUGGAUUUCGAUCAGCAAUGGCGGAAGGCAACACGCAGGUUAUAAGGAAAUACGAGGAGAUCAUCAGAAUCUUAAUGCAGCAGCUAAAAACUGUUUGCCAAGAAAGAGAUGAAGCAAGGCAUCACAUUCAAGUCCUACUAAGAAAAUUGCAGCCAUGUAUUCCACGGGACACGAGCAAGAAAUCAUCAAUGAGCACGAAGCAAUGUUCAAAUAUGAACCAUGAGUCGGUCAUCACUUCUCAUUGUGAUUUAUCUCUGGCCAGUGACAGAACAAAGGAGUCAUCAGAUUAUGUUGGUCUAUCUAGAGACAUUAAUUUGGUUGAUAGUCUGGUUUGUGGCAAACCUUUACCUCAGAAAGGUAGAUUGCUACGAACUGUGACAGAGGCUGGUCCUUUGCUUCACACACUUCUGCUUGCACCGCUUCCACAGUGGCAAAACCCUCCUCCUCUUGACAAUGAUAAUAACGAGGUCGAUGAUGUUAUUCCCACUUCUUUGAGUUUAGCAUUUCAUGGGAAUUCUCGAAUGUCUUCACCGUCUAUGGAUGUAAGUCCAGAUAUCAUGCACCGUAAUCAUAAUUUUUCUGGAAAGAAGAGAAGGCUUCUGUGAGGGUUGACUGCUGGCUCUGUUCCCCUCCCCUUGUAAUCUCUUGCCUAGCUCUUGUGUGUUUGUGUGUGUGUGUGUGUGUGUUUGUGUGCGUGCGUGCGUUUGUGUGUGUGUGUGUGUGUGUUUGUGUGUCUGUUUAUGUGCGUGAAUAAUGAUCAAAGUCUUUACUUUCCAUUGCUAAAGAACUGACGUAUCUAAUAAUUUUUCCAGAUUUUGGAUAUCUAUCUGUAUAUAUAUCGCUGCGGUUA